AUGAUACGAGGAUAUACAUCCGUAUUGAGAAAAUCACUUUGGUAUUUACCAUCAAUGGGAUUCUCAAAGAAAUUGGGUAUUGGAGAAGCAUCCAGUGUAUUAGAAGAUAAAAUUAAAAAUAUUUCCUAAUUGGUAAAGGAUUAUAGUGAUAAAUUAGAAUGACAUCAAAGAAUAUGGUACAGUUAUCUCUAUUGGUGAUGGUAUUGCUAGAGUUUUUGGAUUGACAUAAGUUUAAGCAGGAGAAAUGGUUGAAUUCAGUUCAGGAGUAAGAGGUAUGGCCUUGAAUUUGGAAACAGAUAAUGUGGGUAUUGUCGUGUUGGGUAAUGACAGGUAAUUCAUUUUAAUUCAUUUAUUCUAGAGAUAUCUAAGAAGGAGAUAUUGUCAAAAGAACAGGAGCUAUUGUCGAUGUCCCUAUUGGAAUGGAAAUGUUGGGAAGAGUAUUUGAUGCUCUUGGUAAUCCAAUUGAUGGACAUGGUCCAGUCAAAACAAAUGCAAGAAGAAGAGUUGAAUUAAAAGCACCAGGAAUUAUUCCAAGAAAGAGUGUCCAUGAACCAAUGUAAACAGGAUUAAAGGCUGUUGAUUGUUUAGUUCCUAUUGGAAGAGGAUAAAGAGAAUUGAUUAUUGGUGAUAGAUAAACAGGAAAGACUGCUAUUGCUAUUGAUACAAUUAUCAAUUAAAAACCAAAUUUUGAUUCUGGUGACAAGAAUAAAUAAUUAUAUUGCAUUUACGUUGCUAUUGGUUAAAAGAGAUCAACUGUUGCUAACUUAGUCAAAAUUCUUACAUAAGCUGGUGCUAUGAAAUAUACAAUUGUGGUUGCAGCCACAGCCUCAGAAGCUGCUCCACUUUAAUAUUUAGCACCAUAUUCUGGUUGUGCUAUUGGAGAAUAUUUCAGAGAUAAUGGAAUGCAUGCUCUUAUUAUUUAUGAUGAUCUUUCUAAAUAAGCCGUUGCUUAUAGAUAAAUGUCAUUAUUAUUGAGAAGACCACCAGGCAGAGAAGCCUAUCCAGGUGAUGUCUUUUAUUUGCAUUCCAGAUUGUUGGAAAGAGCAGCUAAACUUAAUGCUGAAAAUGGAAAUGGAUCUUUAACUGCCUUACCAGUUAUUGAAACAUAAGCUGGUGAUGUCUCAGCUUAUAUUCCAACAAAUGUUAUUUCUAUUACAGAUGGAUAAAUUUUCUUAGAAACAGAAUUGUUCUUCAAGGUAAAUUUUUAAUAUAAUAUAAAUUUAGGGUAUUAGACCAGCUAUCAAUGUCGGUUUGUCUGUGUCAAGAGUCGGUUCAGCUGCUUAAAUUAAAGCAAUGAAGACAGUUGCUGGUAGACUUAAGUUAGAAUUGGCUUAAUACAGAGAAGUAGCUGCAUUUGCUCAAUUUGGUUCAGAUUUAGAUGCAGCCACAUAAUAAUUAUUAAAUAGAGGUGCCUAAUUAACUGAAUUACUUAAAUAAAAAUAAUACGUAAAUUUUAAUAUGAAUACAAUUUUAGGUACCAAUGUGUGCUGAAGAAUAAGUUUGUGUUAUUUAUGCUGGUGUCAGAGGAUUUUUGGAUAAAGUAUAAACUUCAGAAAUUGCAAAAUUCGAAGAGAAAUUCCUCACUCAUCUCAGAACUAAUUUCCCAGCUAUGUUAGAAAGAAUUAGAAGGUAUUUAUUAUAAUAAUAACUAUAGUACUGGUGAAUUAAGCAAAUAAGAUGAUGCUGAAUUGAAGAGUAUCUUAGAAGUCUUCAUUCCUGAAGCCGGUCUUGCUAUGAAAUAAUGAUAAAUAAUAAUAAAAUAAAUAUUUAAAAUCACAAGAUUAAGG